AUGAAGACGAGAAAAGGGAAGCAAGAUAAUCCAUUGAUAAAACAAUAUGGGAAAUCCCAAAGGGAGUUAGAAGACAUCAUUAGCCUUUUCAAAGAAACAGACCCAGAUAGUGCACCCAUUUUUGUUGCUCGUGACCUACAAAAACUUCCGCCGAUCACUUUCGAUCAUGUAGAUGUAACUCGAUUGCUGAAGGAUAUAGUUUUGUUGCAACAGGAGGUUAAGAUCAUCAAGGAUAAUUAUGUAACCAAGACGCACCUGGAAGAGCUAAAGAAAGAUAAAUCUUUCUUAAAAACAUCCACAUCACCAGCUCAUCAUCAUAAGGUAGGUAGAAGGUGCAGUGCCUUCUUGUUAGAUGUGGGUACUACGUUCGGUGACAGUGGGCCGAUGGGCUUGUCGCACGAGUUAUCAACAGCUGAUGUACCGUUACAAACAACUGACGUACAGACGGAAAAGAUAUCUAUCGCACAAGUAGCUAGUCGUGCUCGUGAUAGUGUCGAUGCACUUGCACCUGCGUCAGAUAUGCAUAAAGCUGACCUCUUUACAUCUGGAAGCGUGACUGCUUAUAACGGUAUGGAUGGGCGGCAAUCAUUCAGCGCAGGAGGCACUAAAGUAACUCCUAUUCCAAUGCACAACUCACCGAGCAAAAGCAAGAUGAAUGAUGACGAAAUAAUUGUAGUGAAUAAGUAUACUAACAAUAAUAACGCAAUAAAAGAUACAUCUUGUGAUGUUAAUUUUGAGACUUCGCCAACUAUGGCCGAAAUAUUGAAAAAAAUUUGA